AUCACCACCUUCCUCCCGUCCUCCUCUCUCUCACCUCCUCCACCGCCGCGGCGCCCAUGGCGCUCCACCACCUUCCCCUCCUCCUCCUGCUCACGGCGGGCCUCGCCAAUGCCGCCCAGCCCGGCGACGAGGGCGCCACCAUCGUGCUCAAGGACGGCACCACCUGCAAGCUCUGCGCCUCCUGCGACAACCCCUGCAACCCGUCCUACUACCCGCCGCCCACGCCGCCGGUAGUCACGCCCACGACGCCGUGCCCGCCGCCGCCUUCCUAUCCCUCCGGCGGAGGCACCGUCAUGUACGCCUCGCCGCCACCUCCCUACAGCGGCGGCGGCGGCGGCGGAGGCAUCUACUACCCCCCGCCCACCGGCGGAGGCAGCGGCGGAGGCAUCUACUACCCGCCGCCCACCGGUGGAGGCAGCGGUGGCGGCUGGCAACAGGGCGGUGGAGGCGGCGGCGCCUACCCGACACCGCCGCCGCCCAACCCGUUCCUGCCCUACUUCCCAUUCUACUACUACAGCCCGCCGCCGCCGUUCUACUCCAGCAACUCGGCUGUCACCGGCGUUUCGGCCAUUUCGUCGUCGGCGGCGGCGGCGCUCUCGCUGCUCCUUGCUGGGCUCCUACUGUGGUGAGCAUGGGAUAGAUCUGCUGAGUUAAACCGCUGUGUUUUUACACUAGGGCAUAAUUUAAUUGUGGUUUCUGUAAUUUAUUUUUUAUUUUUUUCCUUUUUCUCUCUUGGCGAUUUAUUUAUGUAUCGAUCAGGUAUAAAAAUUUGUACCAAACUGUAAAACAUGGGCAAGUAAUAAGCACUAGUACAGUAGUACUACAAAAGGAUGGAUCUUGGCAAAGAAAUGUGUUCAUUUUGAUCCAUGUGUCGGUGGUAACAAUGUGCAGCCACAUGUCAUUUCAGUCGUAUACUUAUAAUCACACUAUACGAUAAAUUGCUCUGCAAAUUUCAGAUAUAGCGGUGAUUGCUGGCAUCAGGCAGCAAUUUCUGCACAGAUUGUGCGCUUGUGAAGGCAGUGUCUGAUCUGAGCAGCAACCGGAAAACUUGUACUACUAUUAUAGUCAAAAG